AUGUUUGACAUCUUCCCCCGGGCUUUGGCCUCCGUAGCCUCGGUCCUCUUCCCCAUCUUCGCCUCCUACAAGGCCCUCCAGACCGCCGACCCCGCCCAGCUGACACCCUGGUUGAUGUACUGGGUCGUGCUGGCCUGCAUCACCCUGGUCGAGUCCUGGACCGGCUGGCUGCUCGUCUGGAUCCCCUUUUACCACUACUUUCGCCUCAUCGGCAUGCUCUAUCUCGUCCUGCCCCAGACUCAGGGUGCCCGCGUUCUGUAUCAGACCCAGGUCCACCCCUGGCUGCAGCACCACGAGAGCCGCAUCGACGACUUUAUCGGCUCAGCCCACGACCGCCUCCGAUCGGCCGGCAUGGCCUAUCUUCGCCAGGCCAUCGCCUAUGUCCGUGCUGCUCUCGGUCUGCCCGAGGCCGUCGUCCCGUCUGCCGCCUCGUCGUCUCCGUCACCGCCCACGACCUCGCCCUCCUCCUACACACAGGCCCUGCUGUCCCGCUUCAGCCUGCCGAGUGCUCGCUGGCCCGGCGGCGCCACCGUUCCCGACGAGGCCACCGCUGCUGCUGCUGCUGCUGCCAGUCCUGCCGGCCUCUACAGCCUCUUCUCUGGCGCCAUCGACCGCGCCCUUCACGCUACAGUCGAGCCCGGUGCUGGCAUUCCUGCCACAGACGGCCAGCGCGACGUGCUGCGCGACCGCCUUCGCUCGCUCCUCACCGCACUCGAACGCACCGAAACAGACGACGCCAGCGAGCUGCGCAAGAGCCGCAGCGAGCCCGACUUUGAACGCAUCGACGCCGAGAGCGGGGCUGAGGACGAAGGCGGCCAUGGUCGUGCCCCCGGCCUGCGCAAGCGGACAGUACCGGCUGCGGAACAGAAUCCUACCAGUGGUGGCGGAUCGUGGAUGUCGUGGGGCUGGGGUGCUGGCGCCGGCGGUCCAGAGGAAACGGGCACCAGCUCCGCCACAUACAAGUGA